GUGUACAAUCGGUGACAGUGUCCUAAAUAGUUGAGCUUCAUGGGCUGAGUGCUCAUACCUUAUUUGGGGCUGCCCCGCUGCUCAAGAGUUCACACAAUCCUUGUGUCACUGUCUGAGACAUGGGUGAAGAUGAAGAGGGAGUGUAGGUUGCCAGGACAGUGCAAAGUCAAGACGGCAGAAGAGAUAUGGGAAAGACUGAGAUAAUUUUAGAUUGGGGGUACCAAAAAAAAAAAAAAAGACCAGGUGGUGAAGACAAAGAGCAAGAAAUGAAAGGAGAAAAACACUGAUGGAAGGAGGAGAGAUUUUGGGGAGGGGGUGGUGAUCCUCUAUAGCCAAUGAAGAACAAGAAAGGAGGAUUUCAGUUAGGGUGAAGUCACAGCUCGCUGUUUCAGCAUUCAGAGAGAGGGACAGGAGAGGAGCCACCUCACAGAGAAAGGAAAGGAUGAAACAGAAGGAUGACAAAGAAGAGGACACAUGACACCGCUCAAGGUGGCCCAAGAAAAUCUUCUAUCUGUGUUACUAGGGGAGGCUUAUAUUGACAACACAAGGUGGACACAUUUACUACUGAGGCAGACUUAAGACUUAAGAGACACUUGCAGCCAAUUCACCUGCGUGUACUGGGGGAAGGAAAAGCUCUGAGGUUCCUGUCCAAGCGUAAGUUCCCAGCUUCAGACAGACACAUGCCCUCCUCUUCCAGGAUCAAUUAUUCAUAUGCGUGAGGUUUCCUGUGUGUCAGGGCAGAACAAAACGGGCUUGCUGUGGCUCAGGUCCAAACUGUGGCACAGUUCGCUGUGAGACAAGAAGCUGAAGGAGCCGAAAACAGGGGGCAAGAAAGCCAGAGGACGCAGAGGGAUCGUGGUAGAACCGGAGAUCAAAGGCCACAACGGCACAGGAGAAUAAUUUGAGUUUGACAUUUCAAGGAGAAUGAAGGCUCUACAGAAGAAUCAGGGACGCACGGACCAGAUGUUGGGAGCCAUGGCUGAUGUGCUUACUUCUGUGGCCAUGCCCAAUCAACAGUGGCUCUCAGAAGGGGGUGAGGCGGACCUCCCAUCAAGUGAGGAUGAAAGGGGGCCUGUCCAGGGCCAGUGGGAGCCAGAGGGGCUGGAGUGGGAGCAGCAGGCCACUACAACGGAAAACCCAGAGCGGACAGAAAGAACAGACUCGUACUCAGCAGCAGGCAGCGAGGGCAGCAUCUCCACCUCUGUGGCGUCGCUGCCUCCGCAGGCAUCAGGCAGCUCGGCCCCCAGCUCCCCGGGCUCCAGACGCUCUGUGAGCACCCUGAAGAAAUGGCUCACAAACCCUGUCCGCAAACUCAGUGCCGGGGCCACCGCCAAAGGAGAGCGACAGGUCCGCAAACUUGAGGGGAAACCUCCACCUCUUCCAUCCCAUAGUCACAGCCAGGAUCUGGGCAGCCCCCCGAGGCCUGACGAGACUCUAACCAUCCUGCCUGUCACCCACAGAGAACUGGAGUGGAAAGAUGGCCUGGCGAGCCCAGAGGACCUGUCACCGGCUACACUACAAUCCCCCAGCUAUAUAACUGACUCUCUGAUUGGCUGCACGUCACUGCCAAACACUCAGGACACUCAGUCCAUCAGUGUUUUGCCAGAUGACAGCGGCUCUAUGUUGAUGGACGACACCUCCAGCCAAUGGUCAGCGGCGGCUGACACUGAGGAGGAGAGGAGAAGUGCCUUGGAAAAAAGCAUGUAUGUGCUGAAGGAGCUUAUUGAGACAGAGAAGCACUAUGUGGGAGACCUGGGGCUCAUAGUGGAGGGCUACAUGGCCACGAUGAGCUCCAAAGGAAUCCCGGAGGACAUGAAGGGAAAAGACAAGAUUGUUUUUGGGAACAUUCACCAAAUAUUUGACUGGCAUAAAGACUACUUCCUGGGAGAGCUGGAGAAGUGCUUGGCAGAGCCAGAGAGACUGGCUCAGCUCUUCAUUAAACAUGAGAGGCGUCUGCAUAUGUACGUUGUGUACUGUCAGAACAAGCCCAAGUCGGAACACAUUGUGUCAGAGUACAUCGAGACGUACUUUGAGGAGUUGCGGCAGCAGCUGGGCCAAAGGCUGCAGCUCAAUGACCUGCUCAUCAAACCUGUCCAGAGGAUCAUGAAGUACCAGCUGCUGCUCAAGGACUUCCUGAAGUAUUACACCAAAGCUGGGAUGGACACGGAGGAGCUGGAGAAAGCAGUAGAAGUGAUGUGCUUUGUGCCAAAACGUUGCAAUGACAUGAUGAAUGUGGGCCGACUACAAGGCUUUGAGGGGAAGAUCACAGCCCAGGGCAAACUGCUCCAGCAAGACACCUUCACUGUUGCCGAGCAUGACAGUGGCUUCCUGUCACGGGCCAAGGAAAGACGGGUCUUCCUGUUUGAGCAGCUGGUCAUCUUCAGUGAGCCGAUCGAUAGGAAGAAAGGUUUCUCACUCCCCGGUUACAUCUUCAAGAACAGCAUAAAGGUGAGCUGCCUAGGGGUGGAGCCCAGUGUGGACGGCGAUGAUGCUCGUUUUGUGAUGACAUCACGCAAUCCUGAUGGGAGCGUGGUGCGCUUCCAGCUGCAGGCCUCUUCCCCUGAGAUCUGCAGGGCCUGGGUCAAUGAUGUGGUUCAGAUCUUGGAAACCCAGCGUAAUUUCCUCAAUGCCCUACAGUCACCUAUUGAGUACCAGCGGCGAGAGAGCAAGUCAAAUAGCCUGGGCCGCAGCAUGAGGCCCCCUCUGUCUGCUGCCAGUGCUCUGCGGCCCCACUCUUCCGCCUCCAUUGACCGUCAUAAGCUGCCCUCCCUUCAUUCUCACAACACGUCCUUGCCCACGCUCUACCUGCCCAGCCAAGGCCAGGGCCAAGGACCCAGCGAGACGUACUCACUGCGGGACCCCACUGUGGUCCAGCUGUGCCCUGCUGACUCCCAAACUGUUUCUCCAUCACACGUCCAACUGGGCUUCACUGAUCAGCCAAACUACCAAGCUGUGUCAAAUGGGCUGUACACACCUACACAAAGCGCACAGCAGAGAGCAGGAGAGGGCUGCAGAAGGGGUCAGGCUGUUGAUGGGAGCCAGGGUUCAUUGUCGGGUCCCUCUGCCGGACGACGCCCCAGCAACCUGGCUCAGCUAGCUGAGGACGACCUAUGAACUCUCACGCCAUCUGUCCUCUGGGUCAGGAGGGCAGCAGCUAAUGUUACAGCUGUGGGGACAAGAAGACUUGUCUACUGUCUGUUUAUGCCAGGCUGGACCCUUACCUGGUUCAACAGUGAUUUCUGGAGAAUAAAGAAGGAACCCGAAGGAACAUAUGGAGGAAUUAUGAGCUGCAACCAUAACAUGACUUUGCUCCUGUUUUUAGAGAGCCAUUUAAAGGGAGGCGACUAGCCUUGGACACCUUCAGUGUACAUGAACAGCACCCAGUGGGAUGGUACUGGGCUCAGAGCGAAAAAACACUCAGUGUUAUGGCAAUUUCUGCUUUUUACCUUUUCGAGAGUUUGUAUACCAUACUCUUCUCUCUUUCAAAGGGCAAGGGGGAGUUGUUUCAUGAAGAAUUAUCCAUUCCUAAUUGGGGCGGUCACUGGAGUUACGUGUGUGCCUGAAUGUUGUGCAAUGAAGUAUGGAUGUGUUUGUGUGCAUGAGAGUGUGCAAGGAGUGCCUGUGGCUCUUCUCGUACUCUCUGGUAAAUUUUCUUGAUAAAGUUUUUUUUUCUCAUAUGCCCCAUUGUGAAGACAACUACAGCUACGUAAAUAUACUUUGUCAUUCCCCUGCUGACGACUGAGUUUGCUGUUUAUGUUGACAAGAACGGGAAAAAGGCAGAACACUUGAUGUGAACAUGCUACAAGGACUCACUCGAAUAUCAUCUGAGAGUGAAUAACUUUCUUUCUCGCCACAGUGUUGAGACCCUCUGUGCUCUCUUAUUCUGUUUGACUGGCCCUUGUUUGAUCUGGACAAAAAAGGCAUGAGGGAGCCCCCUGGAGGUUCUCUGUGGGUAUGACGUCACUACAGAAUACUUUUUGCUCUUUGGGCAACUCCUGAGGAGUUGCUAGAUAGGUGCAUUCAAAGGGACUGCUGUGCUGACCCAAAGUGUUGCAAGCAACAUCUCCUUGGUGAUUGACUGGCUUCUUUACACAGAUCUUUCUUUCCAGGCCGGAGUGGAUUUGGGGACACGUCCUUAAAAAUGCAUUGGUUUAAACUAAUAUUGAUUGUUUUACUAGUCCACUGUUGUCAUGUCAAGGCUGUGCACCAUUUCUAUAAUCUCUGUUAGCUUUUUCCCUCAUGGGUUAAAUACUGUGCAGUGCAUACCAGAAAAGGCAAUCAUACAUUUCCACUCGUAAGAUGAAGAAUGACCCAGGUAUGCCAAGAAACGUUGUUACUGCUCCAGUUGGUAGAAAUGAAGGAUAACAUGUUGCUGGAUAAACAGAGCGAUGCUGACAAAUCUGCAUGUACCCUCUUCCUCAGACAACAGUGCCAAAAACAACUGCAGCUCACCACUCAAACGUUUCAUACUUCUUACUCCAUAGUUCAGUUUGCCACUGCUCUUACAAAACAAUCAUAGAUACCUGUGUUACUAUCUGGAUUGUAAUGCCUGAGUGACAAAAAGAGGAGAGCGGAGUAGGUGAAAGGGGCCAUCCUGUCAAUAUCAGGUCAGUUCUUUUUGUGGCCAGUAGAGGUCCCCACAAGGCUUUGACUUCCAGUUUACAGUAGUUUGAUCAUACAGCUGCACCAAAGAUCAAUAGGCCUCAUAUUUCAGUUCCUACAUUGAAGCUGCUUAAUAAUCUGUCCAAAAAAACAAAAAACAAAUCAACAACAAUAAAUGAUUUAAAGUAAACUGAAAGGUGAGACAUCAGGUGAGCUGGACCGUCUCACAGAAUCUGCAUCUUUACUCUGCAGUUAAUGUGAACUGGUGAGUUUUCAUGGGAAUUACUGAUCAGGCAGUUAUGCAUGUCACACAAAGGAAUACCACUACAGAGAACCAAAAGCAAGGACGUAAAACCAAGAGAGGGUUGGUUAAUGCCAUGUUUGACUGAGUAGAAACUGUUGUAUCAUAUCAAAUAAAAAGUGUCUUUUUGAA